AUGGCAGCCCCUAAAGGAGUGGCCCACGGCACAGCUAUCCGUACAACAUGGCCGCCUACAGAGCGCGAACCGCUCCCCCUCCCGUCCAAUCACCGGAAGUUUCCAUUUGAAAGCGGGGCGGCAUACCCGGUCGCUGGUGCGGCAGUUGCCGAGGAGCCUCCUUUGAACCAGGGCAACGAGGGCUGCGGGCAGGAGCUGCAGGAGCCUGGGGCCCAGCCGUGCCGCCUCGUUACGAUGACCAGCGUGGUUAAGACAGUAUGCACUCUGCAACCCCCCGCUGUGCAGAGCGGCGACCUGCCGGCAGACACACAAACUCGAGCCACUUCUAAGAGCCUAUUACCCAUUAAGUCCAAAGAAGUGGAUGUUUCCAGACUUCAUUCAGGAGGUUCAGAGAAUGAUGUUACAAAAAUCACCAAACCGAGACGAGAGAAUAGGCAGGUAAAAGCUGCAGACACUGCCAUGAGGAAGAACAUCAGAAAGAGUUACAAACCGCUGAGUAAGCAGAAAUCAGAGGAAGAGCUCAAGGAUAAGAACCAGCUCUUAGAGGCCAUCAACAAGCAGCUGCACCAGAAGUUGACUGAAACUCAGGGAGAACUGAAGGACCUGACCCAAAAGGUGGAGCAGCUGGAGAAGUUCCAAGACAACUGCUUGGCAGUUUUGGAGAGCAAGGGCCUCAACCCAGUUUUAGGCAGUGAGACCCUGGCAUCACAGCGGGAAUCCGCCGCAGAUCACACGGACUCUAUGUUGCUGUUAGAAACUUUGCAAGAUGAGCUGAAGUUCUUUAACGAAACGGCCAAAAAGCAGAUGGAGGAGUUACAGGCCUUAAAAGUCAAGUUGAAGAUGAAAGAAGAAGAGAGGGCCCGGUUCCUAGAACAGCAGACUUUAUGUAACAGUCAAGUAAAUGAUUUUACAGCAGCCCUGGAGGAAAUGGAGCAGCUAUUAGAAAUGUGAUAAAAAGCAAGUGACCAGAUGGCUCCCACAGGGGAAGCCACUCAGGACAUCUGCUUCUUGGCCAUGACCUUCUAGGACUCACCAUCCCCAGAAUGGAGACAUUUGCUGCAGUAGGAUUAAGGACAGUCUAUGCUAGAAUGGCGCUUCCUCCUUCAGGC